AUGGCUCAGAUGUGGCGUCUAGGCAUGAAGGACAUGCAAAUAUUGCCCGCGUCUCGCCACCGCAGUAACUUAAAGAAGCCAACAUGGAUUAUCGUACUCGUUUCUUUAGUCAUCUUGUUCUUAAUUUGUGCUUAUGUUUAUCCUCCCCAGAAUUCCACUGCGUGCUAUGUAUUCUCUUCUCACGGUUGUAAGGCAUUAUCCAAUUGGCUUCCACCUGCUCCUAUGAGGGAACUAACCGACGAUGAGAUUGCAUCUCAUGUUGUAAUUAGAGAUAUCCUGAGUAUGCAUCCUAGUUUAUCAGAGAAUUCCAAAAUUGCAUUCCUAUUUCUGACACCGGGUGCUUUACCUUUUGAGAAGCUGUGGGACAAUUUUUUUCAGGGACAUGAAGGAAGAUUCUCUGUCUAUGUGCACGCAUCUAAGCAAAAACCAGUCCAUUUUAGUCGUUAUUUCAUCAAUCGGGAAAUUCGUAGUGACAAGGUAGUUUGGGGAAAAAUUUCAAUGGUUGAUGCAGAAAGAAGGCUUUUAUCGAAUGCACUCAAAGAUCCUGACAACCAGCAUUUUGUUCUACUAUCUGACAGUUGCAUACCAUUGCGUGAUUUUGACUAUGUGUACAACUAUCUCAUGUAUACAAAUACAAGCUUCAUAGACAGCUUUGAGGAUCCUGGUCCACAUGGAAGUGGGAGGUAUUCUGAACACAUGUUACCUGAAGUUGAAAAGAAAGACUUUCGUAAGGGUGCACAGUGGUUCACAAUGAAGCGGCAACAUGCGGUUAUAGUUAUGGCUGAUAGUCUCUACUAUACAAAAUUCAGGGAUUAUUGCAAGCCAGGUAUGGAAUAUGGACGCAACUGCUAUUCUGAUGAACACUAUUUGCCUACUUUUUUCCAUAUGCUUGAUCCAGCUGGAAUUGCUAAUUGGUCAGUAACACACGUGGAUUGGUCUGAAGGGAAGUGGCAUCCAAAAUCAUAUCGCAAGCAGGAUGUCUCUUAUGAGCUGAUGAGAAAUAUUACAUCUAUUACAGAGUCUCUGCACGUUACAAGUGAAGAAGUGAAGGAAAUUCAGAUUAGGCCAUGCUUAUGGAAUGGAAAUCAGCGACCUUGUUACUUGUUUGCAAGGAAAUUCUUACCUGAAACCCUAGAUAAUUUGAUGCUCCUUUUCCCUAAUUAUACAUCAAUUUGA